AUGCACAACAAAAGGAAGGUCAAUGGCAAUGCAAUGGCAAUGGCAAUGGCCGUGGUUCAGGGUUCAGGGCAGGUUUGGAAGCUCAACGCAUACAUCCUGCUGGCCGACCCGCGGUGGCAAGCUGCUCGUCGCUGCAUCCCCCACAUCAUCAGCCAGCAAGACGCCACGGGCAAAUCUGCGCCCCUGGACCCAGAACGUGAGGUGGUUGCGCGUUCUAUCAUGCCCCCUGAUCACCGCUGGAGACUCGUCUUACAUCAAAAUGCGAGCAGACGGCUUGGCGCAUCUUACUUUUCCAGCGCUUCAGCAUCGAACUCCCGCGCAGCCACGAAGGCGAAGACGAACGAGACCAGCAGCCGCGCUAUGGCGCACGUACAGGAAGACAGCGAAGCCGCUCGGCCAGCGCGGCGGUCAGAGAACUCGAACUGGCGGCUGAGGGGACCCUCGUCCGCUGCGGGAGACGCUCCUCCACGGCUCGAGUCGAAGCCCGUCGAGCGGGCGUCAAGAUGGAACGGGACUGGGAAUGCCUCGCAGGGGAACAUCCGGGGGUUUCAGGGCUGGGACUCGCCUCCAACUCGCGGUGCAAAGGCGCCUGGCUCUCGAUACCAUGAAUCACCCCCUACAGCAACUACGACUGCUGCUAGUCCUGUUCACCCGGCUAUUGUCGAGGGGAGACGGCUCUACGUUGGAAAUAUGCCGUACAUGGCGAAGAAAAAGGAUGUAGCUGAGCUCUUCGAGAGUGCCAGAGACCUGAUGCAGGACCCUCAGCAGGAGUCGACCAGCCCGUAUAAGAUAGAACGUAUUGAUAUCUCUAUUGACCCCUUCACGGGGCGGAACCCGUCUUACUGCUUCGUUGACCUUGAGACAGCGGAGCAGGCACAGCGUGCGAUGGCAGAACUAAAUAAUAAACUCAUGCUUGGUCGUCCCGUAAAGAUCAACCCGGGCGUGCCUAAAUCAGACCCGCAUCCUCCGCUUGGUAGACGGGACCCAGACGUAGCUAGUGCUUCUGCACCAGACUCGCAACAACCUCAGAAGUUUGCUUUUGAACGAUGGACCAGGAACGAUGCUUCGGACCAUUGGUACGGCUAUGCGGCAGAGGGACGGCGUCUGUUCGUCGGUGGCCUGCCUAGAAUGCGCAACCAGCCCACGGUCGACUACGAGAUACGCAAGGUCUUCUACGGGUUUAACAUCGAGGCAAUAAGUAAAGUCAUAAUAGCUAAUCGGGACAAACUUCCACUCUCGGGAGCCCAGUAUUACUACCUCUUCGUCGACCUAGAGUCCGCUGAGGAAGCCAACAGGGCGCUAACCGUGCUCAAUGGCGUCAGUGCAAUCUAUGGCAACCGUCUGCACAUGAAGAAGGCGAGAGGUGAUUCUCGCAAGCCACCGGAGAGAGAUCGAUGGCGAGACAAGAACGAGAAAGAGGAAGCGGGUGAGAAGAAAGAAGGCGAGCAGGCACAUCUGCUUGAUGCCCCUAUCGACGCAGAGGGUAUUGCCCAGUCGCUUGUUUAA